CAAAGUCUAUAAACAAUGACAUCAUCCAAACAGAUAAACAAUCUACUCCCAGGACAAACAGUGCAAUUCAGAGUCGUCACACUUGACACCAAGUUUAGACCUGUCCAUCAGCUGUACGAUAUAAUAGAAAUUAAGGAUUCUACCAGCAACAGGAUUGGACAGUGGCUGAAUGAAACAUCCAAUAGUAAGAUAUUGCAGCUUUCUUACGCCUUGAACUCUGAGGCCCGUGAAGGAGCCUACCAAGUUACUGUGUCGAUUGGGUCGGAUAAAAUACAACACAGCUUCAAGGUGGAAAAAUACGUUUUGCCUAAAUUGCGUAACAUUAAAUGCGGCUAAUGAAAUAAGUAUUAAUCAGGAAGAAAUCAAGGCUGA